AUGGAUACCGUUCUGAUCCUUUGCACCAAGUGCAAUUCGGAGCUGGCCCGCUUCAGGAACUCCUGGAAUGGGAUUGGCAACACCUAUCACAGUCCUGUUUACCCACCGGUCUCUAUCAGUGGGCUCGAAACGACCGGGGAUGUGUAUAAUGGUGCACCCAAUUCCGCCAUCGAGCAUAGUCUUCUCCAGGAUAUUGCUUGCGAAACAUGUCACACUGUCGUUGGGCUGCGAUGUGAUAGCGCACCGAAAGGGCAUUUGCUGAAGGAAAACCAGCUCAUUCUCAGGCUUACAGACAUGGCUGUAAUCGCAGAGGAAACUGGCCAAAGAGCGAAGAUCUCCAUUUUAAAGACGUUUCCUCUGACGACCACCUCCAAAAAGAGGUUUCCGGGGGGCCAAAGAGCAUCAACCGCUCAGCCAUAUACUCGAAGACAUCAAUCAAUGCUCGGAGUAGCUUUAUCGAAUGAGCAAACCAUGGUGGCUAGAAGACCAACACCCAGCGAUCGAGCGGCCCCUCUUAGUGUUUCAGUGGCUGAAAUAGUGAAGUUCAAGAACUGGGCUGAAGAUGCCAUCCUUACCCAGCAAAAGGAUAUUGAGAGAAUUACAGGAACUGUCAAUCGUAUCGAUCAAGAUAUGCAAUCUUUGAAGGCUUUCAUGCUCGAAGUUCGCAGCGAGCUUUCCUCAAACCGACAACUACCUGCCACAUCAGCCGAAGAUGACGUUCAGGCUCUACGUGAGGAUCUUGAAAAUCUGCGCCAGCAAAUUGUCCGUAAUGGGAAGACCAUCUCCCUGAGCGCUCUUGAAGUGGUCUCGCAAGAAGUUGAAGAGAUCAGCCAGAAAUUUGAUGGAGUUGACACUUUGAGGUCCGAGCUGCAGAAAAUGACGGCUAGAGUCAAGCACUUGGAGGAAUCUAGGCAUCCAUGUUUGUAUCGUAGGGCGCCAUCAAGCAAGCUAGAGUCUCCAAAGGAGCCGGUGUCCGGUCCAUCGAAACGUAAACACAGCCAGCUUGAAGUAUCUCGGAACCUCUCAGAGGAGGAGCCUCCACUCGAUCCUUCGCCGAAGAGGGCAAGGCUUGCUCUUAGCUCACUAAAUGAAGAUGAUCAAGAAGUUGUUAGGGACUCCGAAGAGUCUCCUGGCCGUCAACCACCCCAAGACCGCGAGAUCAUCGAGAUUCUUUCAUCAGACGCCGAUCACUCAUCCCCUGUCCGUGGCCAGGAAGAGAAUAGUGUAGAUCCCAAUCCAUCGGAUGGCCCUGCAGAUUACAAUGCUCCGGUAGCAAACCAAUUUGUAUCUUCUCCUGCCCACGCAUUUGGAAGUGGCAAUACACGAGCAUCGACUACAAAGCAAAAGAACGUGUCUGCGACGGCAACACGACCGGUCGCUGCUUCUCGUAUCGAGAUCAGGAUACCGUACUCUCCUGAUCUAGCUCUGCUGCAGCAGCGAAAGCGAGGGCGACUGAACAAGGUGACUAUCGCGCUUACUGAGGCUGCGCCAGACCACGGCAACCAAGCUUUGCUUUUUGGCGAUUUCAGCGACCCUGAAAUCGACCAGAACUACGCAUCAACUCAGCUCUUGCGCUCAGUCUGGGACCUUUUACCACCCCCGUCACCAGUCUUCCGGGGUGCAAGUUCAACUCUUCCAACACGCAGAGUCCCGAAGGUAGAUGAACCCUAUUUACACUCUCCGUUCGAUAAGAACUGA